AUGUUGAAUCAACAUAUUGGUCAUUGUUCAAGAGAUGAGCCCAGCACCAGCAGAAGUUCAACAGAGCUUCAAAGAAUUCCGUCCGACAGAAGUCUUCAGCAAUUAAAACUGGAAAAUGUCCAGUUGACAGAGUAUAAAAAUGGUGAAAUGAUUGAAUUACAAGAACAGGAUUUCUUUCAUCUUCAAAAAGAAGCAUUUAGAGACCAUAAGCUGUUUAAAGACCCCCAAUUUCCAAAAGAAUUAUUUCUUAACUCAGGACAAAAUGAUUUAAGACCAAAGGAUAUUGUAGAAAAGCCACAAGAGCCUGUCAUAUUUAUUGAUAAUAAAAAACCUUUUCACGUGAAGCAAGGAAAACUAGGUGAUUGCUGGUUUGUCGUUGGACUUUUACAUCUUCAAUAUUAUCCAAAUUUAUUUCGAUUCAUUGUCUCACCACACGACCAGACAUUCAAUGCUAAAAAUUAUGCUGGAAUAUUUCACUUCAGAUUUUGGCAAGCUGGAACAUGGGUUGACGUUGUCAUUGAUGAUCGUCUUCCAACUGUACAAAAAACACUAAUUUAUGCAUCAUCAGGAUAUCCCAACGAGUUUUGGCCAGCAUUAAUUGAAAAAGCUUACGCAAAAUUACUUUAUCGAUCAUACAAAAAUCUCAUUGGUGGUUUUUCUAAAAUAUCAAUGCCAGAUUUAUCAGGAUGUAUAUCUGAAACAUACGUAAUAAAAUCUACAUCAAAUGAAUUAUUUAAAAUUAUUCAAAAUGCAAAAGAUAGAUCUACAAUGAUAAGUUGUUCGACUGUCAAUCAAGAAGAAUUUCAAAAGUUUAAAACGCCUGUAUUGCGUCUUUUGCCUCAUCACUCUUAUGCUAUAACAGCUGUAAAAACAGUAACAAUAGAUAAAAUUGAUGGUGAAUUUAAACUCAUACGUAUACGGAAUCCACAAGGUCGAGUAUCUAAGCAUCUCUAUCACGGUAAUAUCAAAUAUUUUUUCAACCAGGCUACUUUAGAAUCAAAAUUAGAUACUGAAAUUGAUGGAGAAAGUUGGAUUCUAUAUGAUGAUUUCAUUAAGUAUUUUUCAUAUGUUGAAAUUUGUAAUUUGACACCCAAUCAAAUAACUAAUCAUGUUUAUUCAAAUACUGGAAAAAAAUUGGCAUUAUCAGCAAUCGAAGGAAAAUUUAUAGGAGCAGUAACCCCAAAGCAAAUAGUAUCCAAUAAUUUUUAUAAAAUUAAUCCACAGUAUCGUAUGGUAUUGACAAAGUCAGACGAAGGAAAAAAUACAUCUACUGUUCUUAUUGGUAUCUCAUUAAAACGUAGACAUGAUUUAGAAAAAAUUUCAACUAGUUUAAUAUACUUUGAAAUGAUAUCAGUAAGUUGA